CGUGAGUUGUGCUUCGUCACGCGAUGCAUCUGCUGCACUACCGCGGUGGUUCUCCUGUUGAUAUAGAUGAGCAACGAGAAUCGACUCCAAACAACAAUCGGAUCAAGACCAUUCGUACCAGAUACCAUACCGAGAACAGGAGAAGCACUUGCUUCGUAGAGAAAUGAACGUAUACUCGAGACCACAAACGCAUCUAACCAGAACACCAUUCCAUUCCUUUCCCACGAAAGGAACAUCACGCCCCUCUCCUCUCCCUCUCCUGCCCUCGCGGACAACAAUUUAUUUCCAUACAUCACCAAAACAUCUAAGCAAACCACCCAGCCCCAAAAGCCCUCUUCUCCUUCUGCGCAACCGGCGACGCAGUAGGCUUCCCGCCACCAGGCUUCUUGUGCGCCAACUCACGAAGUCCAGUAACAUGAGGACGAUGAUGAUCCUUCGCAGUCUUAGUAUGCUUCACGCGAACGGUGCUCUUCAAGCUCUCGGUAUGGACCUUCGUCUCGUGCGGCUUGACGGUCUCGACCGUCUUGACCGUGGCGUGAACGUACUCGGUGACGUCGCGAGCGUGCUUGGAUUUGACGGAGUGUUCGUGGACCUUGGUUGUGUGGUCACGGUGCGUCUUGGCAGAGUGGGUGUGCACUUUGGGCUUCUUGGUGAAGGGCCGGAGGGGGGGCAUCGAGACCGCGUAUGAUUUGUAGCCUUUUUCGUGCACGGUUUGGUAGCUGGUUACGGUGUAUUGUUUGGUUUCGUGGUGGACGGACGCGCCGCUGACGG